CUUAACCUAAUCUUGUAGACGAUAAAGAUAUGGAGGACCUCGGUGGUGUUGAGGAGACUAUAAAUAUUCAUCAUGCACUCUUAUCAAAAGGUUUUGCGCUAUCUGAGCCAGUUUUAACAGUACAUCAAGCAUUAGAAUCCUAUCUGCCAAUUGGCUCUCAAUCAAAUGAACGUCAAUUUCUUAAAGAUUUCAUUAGUGGCGCACCGGGUUCAUCUGGCGCUCGUUUGGCUGCUUGGCUGCAACCGGAAUCACGCCUCGAUCCUAAUAAAUGCGAAUUGAACACAAUAACCGAGCCUUUGCGUUACGGCUGGCCCACUCAGAUUACUGUGACUAUACGCGAUCAAUAUGGUGAUGCUGUGCUGGUGCCCGAAUUAAAGGUCGAAAUCAAAGCAAUACCGACUGGCGCUUCUGGCAACGGCAACAUCAAAAUGAGACGUGGCUCAUGUACGGACAACACUUCGUAUGGUGGUGUUCCACCGCCACCGCGCCUAAACUACGAACCAACAAUUAAAGAGAAAAUGUGCUUUAAAGCCAUUACAUUCAUGAAACCUUACGGCAAUUAUUCGUUUGAAGAAUUACGCUUCAGCAGCCCCAUACAGACGCGCGUCACUGAGACGCUGUAUGCCCAAGACAUGGAAGAUGGCACAUUUAGCGUACACUGGACGCCUAACUCAGUUGGCAGCUAUUGUCUUACCGUCACCAUUGAUGGUAUUCUGCUGGAAGAAGUAUACCGGGUGGAGGUGAAGGAAGGCGGUUUGCCGCCACCCUCGCAUAAACAAGCGCUGAAGAAACCGCAACCACCAAAUAAGUUGCGGAAAUUUUUCACUAAGAAUACGGCGGGCUUGCGAAUACGCUCACAUCCCACAUUGCAGUCCGAACAAGUGGGUAUUAUCAAGUUGAAUGGCGUCAUUUCGUUCAUCGAUGAGAUUGAGAACGAUGAUGGUGUAUGGUUGCGGCUUUCAACCGAGUCGAUACGUCAACAUUGCACUAUGGGCUGGUAUCCGACUGAAGCAUGGUGUUUGCAAUAUAAUCAGCACUUUGGCAGGACAUUGCUGCAUCCAGUCUCCGAGGCGAGUUCGAAUAGUGCGGGAGCAAAUGCGGCGGCAACUACUACUACAGCCCCUACCACUGCUGGCACGUGUGGCACAGAUGUGUCGGUAGGUGUUGGUGCUUCCACCGCAAUGCAGGUUGGUGGCAGCGGGGGCGGAAAGUCGCUGUCUAAGCCUCGCCACAAAGUUUUGCUAGAAAAUGCUGAGUCGCCCGUUUCGCCGGUACCAAUCGAAUCACCAUCGAAGUCGAAAUCCACGUCACCCUGCAAGAAAAUUUUCGACUUCUCACAUGGGCGCUUUACGCCACCAAAGUCUUCGGAUAUUUCACACGCCUCAACAAAUCCAUUUCUGUUUCCGAGUGUUGAAAAAUCUGAAUCGGAGGACAGUGAAAUACAAAAAGUGUUUGAUAUGCAAUCUUCGACGCAGACGAGUACCACCUCAUCGUCGUCCCAACAGCAGCAGCAACAAGCACAACAACAACAAGCCGAUCUCUUGUCUUUACACUCAUUACAAAACACAAGUCCUUCACAGAUCGGGUCGGCCAUUGCCGGUGUUGUUGGCGGUGGCGCCAUUAAACUGCAAGCGUUACAAAAAUGGUUUAAAGGCGAUGCGUUGGAGGGCGCAGGAUCUGGGGCUGCUGGUGGCGGACCACCCUCACCAGCUAAGGAACAUCAGCGCAAACGUUCAGAUGCCGCAGAAGGCUUGUCAUCGGUAUCGGUGCGGGAGUUAGUGCGUGUAAUGGGCGGACAGCAGGAUACGCGUUGUAAUGGUAAUACUACGCAUGCGCCACAAAGUUCUAGUCCUGUUCAAAUACCAGCCGCUAGCGGUAAGGGUUCAACAGAUUCGAUAAGCGUAAGCAUAAAAUCUACGGAGGCAUCAGAAACUUCGGGUCUAUUCAGUUCGCUUACGCAAGAUUCAAGUCACUCACAGAAGAACACGAAAGAGGAAGAAGCUGUGCAGCCAGAAAAUUCUACACCUACUUUUGAUAUAUCUACGAUUCGGGUCACCAGCUUCACGCCAUCGCAAACAGCAGCUUUGCUUUCCACACCAAAGCAUUCCCCUCGCAAAUUAGUGACCAGUUUACGUCGCAAUACAUCACCUUCCAAUCGCACUGUUGAGGCUACUGCAGCGCAUAAGGAACCAGAUUUGGCGCAACUUGAAGAUGAUAUGAGCAUGUUGCAGAUUACCACGACUACCAAUGGUGGCGGCGUGACCACGCAGGAUCAGAUCCUAUUUGGUGAAAUGAAGACAGCCAGCACAACCGCAAGUACGGACGAUUCGAGCCCGCCCGUCUGGUCACCACCGUUAAAUCAGAAUAACGCUUCUCUUAAUGCAGCGACUUCCACAACCAAACCGUCGCCCAAUAAGCGCAGUGCCAUUGGGCCCAUCAAACGAGCCAUGCCACCAUCGUUGGCUGAAAGCAUACGCGCGGUAUUUGCUGCUUUCCUCUGGCAUGAAGGACUUGUACACGACGCUAUGGCUUGCGCUAGCUUCUUGAAAUUCCAUCCAACACUACCCAAAGAGGGCGCCACAGUUGUGACCAGGCGCGAUUCGAAGGAUAGUCGGCUGCAGUUAUCACGCGAGCAAAAAGCACAACAGCGCCAUUCUGUGGAGGUGGCUAAUGCGGGUACAUACUUGAAUAUCAGACCAUCCACGCUGGAGACACUUACGAAGAGUGGAAAUUCGUCGGUGAACAACCGUAAGCAUCGGAAAAAUUUAGCAGCCGCCUCCGGUGCUGGUAGUGGCGGCGAGGAAUUAGAGAGUGGUGAGAAGCAGAAGUUGCACACGCUGUCCGAAGUGGUGACUGUGCUGCCGCCUGCGCUGCGUUGUCUCGUCUAUCUGUGGGAGCAGGUGUGCACGAACUGCGUGCAAGUGAUGCAAUCGAAUAUAAUGGAGCGCGAGAAGGCAAGCGGUGGCACACCGACGCGGGAGCCGAGCGCCGAAGCCAAGGAAAAGCAAGAGUCGAACGAUAGAGACAUGGUGAAGAAAUCGCGACGUAAGAAAAAGGAUGACGGUUCAUGGUGUGAGGUGUGUGAAGUAUUUUUGCCGAUACCCGUGACGUAUCACAUGCGUAUCGUACAUCCUGGUUGUGGCAAAUCCGCAAAGGGCAAAGGUUACAAUUCGGUGGGCAUUUUCUGCGAAGGCUGGGCCGGCAAUUGUGGGGAAGGUGGUAAAGGUGCAUCCAGCUGGUUUCUGAUGUGCGACGAAUGCAGAGAGAAAUAUAUAGCAGCCAAUAAGAAUGUAAACAACGUAAAUAGCGUACCGGGAGUGACACUUGCGGCGAAUGAAAUGAAUUUAUUUGGCGUAAAAACUACUACACUCAUCGCGAAUUCCGAAAUUUAUACAACAAUGCGUGAGAAUGCCACUUUCUUGCUGGAGCUCUCUUCAAGCGCAUCCACUUUGAAUGCACAGCCUGGUGUUGGUACAGGCGGUGGAUCUAAUACAGGUACUCUAUCUAAGUUCCAUCGCAGCUUCUCGAUGGGUCAAGGCUGGGCUGUAGCCCAGCAGCAAGGAACAUUCCAAUUGAAAAAUCUCGCCGCCAACGCUGAUGAGGCGCAGCAAACUAAGGUUGUCUUUAGACGACGCAACAACUCUACAAGCGAAAGUGAUGGCGCUCUACUUAUCUGCUAUCCAUCGGAGAACUUGCGCCGCCUGGUGCCAGAAAGCAUAUUGAAUAGCUCUAUUGUCCAUCCAGCCGUGCAGCGACUGGUCAAUGCAGAUGUUGGCGGUGUAGGUGCAACAAAGUCUCAGCAGCAUUCAUUCGAACAACCGGAGAGGGAGAGUAAUGAAAACGACGAAAAGCCAACGAACACAGAAUGUGGUGGCGUCAAGACCAAAGAAUAUAACUAUUCGGCUGGUAAUGCCGCGUUAAAGCCCAGCGGUGUGCGCGAUAAGGACUCAUCAUCCACUUUGCUAGAUUUGGAGUUGUCACAACAGGUGAAUGUAUUACUCCAACGUCCGGCCAUGGCAUUUAUUACACAAAAACAUGAUUUGGAGAAACUACGCUAUGCCAUGAAACGCAGUCUACGCAUUGCCGCCUGUCGUAUUUAUUCGCUACAAGCACUCAAUUGGCUGCUGCGUUCGGUGACACAGAGCAUCUGUCUGCACGAUCUGAUGUGGUGGUUUGUUAGUUCGCUGACUAUUUCGGCAAUUGAGAUGAUCGAUGGCAAGUACGAAGAUGCUGAACCAGCACUGGAGCACCCGGUCACCUACACGCAGAUCAGUGGUCGUUUCUCGCAUUUAAUUACGCAAAGUUUGCACGUUUUCCUACAAUCCGUUGCCGAUCUCACACUCUAUUUGCCACUUGGCUCACCAUUGCAACGCAUCGCCAUACAAUGCUUCGGCAUACGCUUUCGCCAAACAGAUCAUCAAUUUCUACAUAAUUCGCAUGUAUUCGGUAAUAUUUCGAAGAUACUUUCGAAAUCCGAUGAGCAAGACGAUGUUAUGGCUGUAUCGAGCAUGGGCAUGGCUGGUGCGGUCGCAGUGGAGGGUGGUGGCAACUCAACGGGUAUUCAUGAUGUGGAACAUAAUUUGCAAAGUGUUGGAGGCGUUGGUGGUGGUGGUGGUGGUGCGGUUGUGGGUGUUGCAGGUGGCCCGCCAGCAGGUGCUAAAAUUAUAUGCUACUCCGAUUUGAAUGGCAUGUUUGAGGUGACAGUGUCAUCGCGUCAGGCCAUGGCCGAAUCGUUGACCGACAAUUCGACCGAAACUUUUUGGGAAAGUGAUGAGGAGGAUCGCAACAAAUGCAAGAUUAUUGAAAUAUCGAUGAAUAAGUUGUCAUAUUCGUGCAAAGUGGUUUUGGUGCACAUCGACAAUAGCCGGGAUAUACAGAACAAGGUGUUGAAUGUUGUGUUUUAUGCUGGCCAAUCGCUCGGUGAUACAAAUCUAAUCAAAUCUGUGGACGUUGAUCCGAAAGCGUGCGCUUGGAUAUCCGCCAAAAUCACAAACGAGACGUACACACACUUUCGCUUGGAGUUUCAUGGACCAGAGAAUACAUUGCGUGUUCGUCAAAUCAAAUUACUUGGGCUACCGAGCGUCAUGAGCGGGUUGGAUGAUCAAUUGAACGAGCAAUAUGGUGGACUACAAGCAGCGGUCGGUGCGAGUGGGAAUAGCGGCGCAACAACAGGUCAAUUUCACACACUCAAAUCUAAUUUGAAGCUAACAAAUGCAGUGCGCAUACAACAACAAAUCUGUGAGGCUGAGACAUUGCGCGUCUUCCGGCUAAUAACGGGUCAAGUCUUUGGUAAAUUGAUCAGCACCGCAACCACCGAGGCAGGCCACCACUCUAUACUCGGCAUGGAUUCUAGCGGCAAUUCAAUGCUUGCCGACUCGCUGGACCUACGCGAACACAUGGUGGGUAUACUAUUCUCGCGUAGUAAGCUGUCGCAUCUGCAGAAACAGGUUAUCGUGCAUAUUGUGCACGCCAUCAAGAAGGAAGCGCAUCGCGCCAAAGAAGAUUGGGAAAUUGUGAAUUUGGCGAAUUGUUUCAAGGAUGCGCACGCCACUACCACAUCUGCCACCUCGACUGGUGAACCGAAGAGUGAGUCUAGUUCGGAGCGCUAUCGUGCGCCCGACACUUACUGUUUCGAGAUGCUAAGCAUGGUGCUGGCGCUCUCCGGCAGCGUUGUGGGCCGUUCCUAUCUGUCACAUCAGUAUGGGCUACUCAAGGAUUUAUUGACGCUGCUACAUACAGGCAGUGAUCGCGUACAGCGUCAGGUAACGGCACUACUGCGACGCAUACUGCCCGAAAUUUCACCGGAAAGCUUUGCCGAGUUGAUGGGCGUACAGCGUUUGCCGCCGGCAGAUUAUAAUAUUGCACACCAGAAUGCUGCUGAUUUCGAUAUGAAUCGCUUGGGUUUGCUGGAUAUAUUUUUGGCAGUCAUCGCCAAGGCGCUGCAGUUGCAAGUUAAGGUGAAGUGUACUUCAAGCAAACCGAGUCUCGAGAAAACACCUUCAUUUGUACGUCUCUGCAAUGCGCUUGAUUUGUCGGUACAUCUUCUGAAGCAAACGCAGAAGACAAAGGCGAAUGCUGAGGGCGAGCUGGCCGGCGGAGAUGGGGAUGCCGGCGAAUUUGCAGGCAAAACACAUCCAUUUCGUUUCGAUCAACAAGUGGAAGCGAGCGAAUACGAGCUGGGGCGUUCAACAUUGAAGGCGAAUAAGAAAGAAACGAAGAAAAAUCUAAAUCAGCGUUGGUUCUUGAAUGGUGUCAUCUCAACCAAGCAGGCGGAAAGCAUCAUCAGUCUGGUGCGCGAUUUGGCUAGUGGCAAAUUAAGCGAUAAAUGGUCUCAGAUCACCAAGGCCGCCAUAGCUGAGUCGGUAUUAAAUUUGACUCGUUUGGAUGAGAUUUUCCGCAAUCCUGAACAUUGUGUCAAGACAGCCACACUGUGGCUAGCGCUGGCCAGUCUUUGUGUUCUCGAUCGCGAUCAUGUAGAGAAACUAUCAUCCGGUCAGUGGUCCAAGGUUUCCGAUACGCGUCCAAUGUGCACCAAUCACGACGAUGGUGAAACUGCUGCCAUAAUUCAAUGUGAAACUUGUGGUUCACUGUGUGGCGAUUGCGAUCGAUUUUUGCAUUUGAAUCGAAAAACAAGAAUGCAUAAGCGAACGGUUUGCAAGGAGGAAGAAGAAGCUAUACGCGUAGAGCUGCAUGAAUCCUGUGGCCGCACCAAACUUUUCUGGCUGCUCGCUUUGGCCGAUUCGAAAACACUAAAAGCAAUGGUCGAAUUCCGCGAUGGCAGUCACACCAUAAUAUCCGGACCCCAGGAGGCAGUUGGUCGUUGUCGUUUCUGUGGCAUUACCGGCAAUUCAGGUCUGCUGGAAAUUGGCAACGUUUGCGCUGAUGCACAGUGUCAAGAGCAUGCGGCCAAUUCCUGCAUGAAAGUAAAAUCGUGCGACCAUCCAUGCGGCGGCGUGGCCAAUGAGAAGAAAUGUUUGCCCUGCCUGCAGCAUGUGUGCCAUGCACGUGAAAAUAAAAUCGCCGAGGAGCUGCAUGAACCCAAGUUGACGCAGGAUGCGGACGAUAUGUGCAUGAUAUGUUUUGUGGAGGCACUCUCAUGCGCGCCAUCCAUACAGUUGGAGUGUGGCCACGUAUUCCACCAUCAUUGCUGCAAAGCUGUCAUAGAGCGGCGCUGGGCAGGACCACGCAUUACGUUCGGCUUCUCUUUGUGCCCCAUUUGCAAGGCGGAUAUACAACACAGCUUGCUCGGUGAUAUUUUGGAGCCCAUUAAUUUGCUCAAGCAGGAUGUUAAGCGCAAGGCUUUAAUGCGACUCAAAUAUGAGGGCAUCGUCAAAGAUACCGACUCGAAGGAUGUCACCAACUUGGCCAUGGACCGCUAUGCCUACUAUGUGUGCUUCAAGUGUCAGAAGGCCUACUAUGGCGGUGAGGCGCGUUGCGAUGCUGAAAUUGGCGAAAAAUUCGAUCCCCAAGAACUCGUUUGCGGCGGUUGUUCGGAUGUGGCGCGUGCACAAAUGUGUCCCAAACACGGCACAGAUUUUCUAGAAUAUAAAUGUCGCUAUUGCUGCUCGGUCGCGGUAUUUUUCUGCUUUGGCACUACACACUUUUGCGACACUUGCCACGACGAUUUUCAGCGCCUCACAAAUAUACCGAAAAACAAGCUGCCCCAAUGUCCGGCUGGCCCGAAGGCUAAACAACUGAUGGGCGAUGAGUGUCCAUUGCAUGUCAUACAUCCACCAACGGGUGAGGAAUUCGCGCUGGGGUGUGGUGUGUGUCGCAAUGCGCAAACAUUUUAGCAUGAUGCUGUUGCCUUGGCUGUGGAACAGCGGCGGUUGAGUGUGGAUGCGGCUGCGGCGGCGGCUGCUGCUGAUGUUUUAAUGCCGCUCGAGGAGUGGAUUGAAGUUGAAAUGCUGGAUUUGGAUAACGAGCGCAGUUUUGAGGUAGUGCUGCAUGCUGAUGAGCGUAACGACCGCGAGAGGAAUCGUAAUGAGUAGAAUUUGAGGAAGAGUGCAGAAUUUUGUGUUUAUUUUAUAAGCAUACAUAUUCACAUGCGUAUAUUGUAGUAGUAUUCUUAAUUUGAUCUCGAAACUCGAUUUUUAAAGUAAAUCUGAAUGUUAGCUUUAAGUUAAAAGUUAAACAAGCAUACAUAAUAACUUAUAUUUAUUUAAAAAUCACGUUGCGCAUAGGAGUUCUCUAUAUGUAAAAUGUGCAACUUUGCAAUAUUAAUCGUGCUAAAAUACCACUAAGCUAAACACACUUACAUAAAUUAUAUUACAUUCAUAUAUAUACAUACAUAAAAAUACUCGCAUUUCG